AUGGCCAUCCGAAAGCGCGUACCUGGCUCCCCUGAACCAGGGCAGCAGCCCAUCAGCAACUUCAACCACGCGAAGACAGAUAUCACCAGAUGGCGACUACGAAACGACAGAGGGCGACAUACGUGGCACUAUCUCCAGACCGAUGAACAAUUGAAACAAUGGCCCAUGACCACGGCCGAUAAAUAUUUCUUAGGAUUGGAAACGGUAGGGAUCAUAAUGCACGAAAUCGUACGCCGAGCACGAGUGGUGCUGAUUUGCAAACGCUUUAGGACUUGCCGAAUCUGACGAAAGCAGAGACUCCCUUGCAGGCAGCUGAAAAUGGCCUCAAAUUCUACGAACAGCUGCAGCUCGAGCCUGGAAACUGGGGUUGCGAGUAUGGCGGGCCCAUGUUCUUGCUUCCUGGCCUGGUCAUCACGCUGUACGUUACCAACAUGCCUCUGUCCCAACCCGAACAGCUGGAGAUUAUCCGAUACAUCUUCAACAUGCAGAAUGUCGGGAACAAGAAUGGUGGCGAUGGCGGUUGGGGCUUACACAUUGAAGCCGACUCGUCUGUUUUUGGCACUGCCAUGAACUACACCACCCUUCGGUUACUGGGAGUCCCGGCCGAGGACCCGCGGAUGAUUGAAGCGAGAAGAUGCCUUCAUAAACUUGGCGGAGCGACGAAUGGACCACACUGGGCCAAAUUCUGGCUCUCUGUCCUCGGUGUCAUGAAGUGGGAUAUUGUCAACCCAGUACCGCCUGAGCUCUGGCUGCUCCCGGACUGGGUACCAAUUUCGCCUUGGAGGUGGUGGAUCCAUAUGCGCCAGGUCUUUCUACCUAUGAGUUUCGUGUGGUCGAAGCAAUGGUCGUAUCCGAAGGCAGACUCGGAUCCCCUUAUUCGACAGCUGAGGACGGAGCUGUUCACCAAGCCGUAUGCAGAGAUUACGUUCGCUCAGCAUCGGAAUGAUAUCAGCUCGUCCGACAAUUACCACCCAAAGAGUUGGAUCCUCAACCUCAUCAACUUCCUCCUGGUAACCGUCUGGAUGCCUUUUCUACGAGGACCUAGUCUGAUUCGAAAGGCCGAGGCGUGGGCUUGGAAACUGAUCCAGAUUGAAAACACCAACACUGACCAUGCGUGUCUUGCACCUGUGAACGCUCCCAUGAAUAUGCUCUGUUGCUAUAUCCAAGAAGGCGCGGACGCAGAAUCCGUACAAAAGCACAGAGAGGCGCUACCGGAUUAUCUGUGGGUGUCGAAAGACGGCAUGAUGUGCUGCGGUACCAACGGAGUUCAGAACUGGGACACAUCCUUCACCAUUCAGGCCGUCGUGGAGUCUGGCUUUGCUACGGAACCGGAACACAUGAAGACUUUGAAUAAGGCUCUCGAGUUUCUCGAAGACAACCAGAUCCUCGACCACCCUGUUGGUUACGUGGGAUCCUCGAUAUACUCAGAUCCGCCCACGAGACAGACGUCGCCAGAGAUUGGCUACCGUCAUGUGCGUCGCGGCGCCUGGGGAUUCAGCAACCGCAUGCAGGGAUACACCGUCUCUGACUGCACGGCCGAAGCCCUAAAAUCGGUCCUCAUGCUGCAGACCAUACGGGAUCCCAAGAAUCCGGAGCAGAGCUUGUAUCCUGCUCUCCUCGACGAGCAGCGAUUGAAGUGGGCUGUUGACAUUCUGUUGACGAUGCAAAACGGUUCAGGCGCAUGCAGUUCCUACGAACCGACCCGAGGCAGCGAGAAGCUGGAGUACCUGAACGCUGCGGAAGUCUUUGGUCGAAUCAUGAUCGAGUACGAUUACCCCGAAUGCACGACUGCGUGCGUCACGACGCUCACGUUGUUCAACAAGCACUAUCCGGAGUAUCGUGCUGAGGAUAUCAAGAGGUUCACGAGCCGAGCCGUACAAUGGAUCCGGACCAACCAAAGGUCGGAUGGAUCUUGGUACGGCAGCUGGGCCAUCUGCUUCACGUACGCGGGCAUGUUCGCGCUGGAAAGCCUGGCUACGCAAGGUGAAACGCACGAGAAUAGCGAGAGGGUCAGGCGAGCCUGCAAGUUCUUCCUAGAGCGGCAGAGGCAGGACGGCGGAUGGGGCGAAUCGUACAAGAGCUGUGAGACGGGCACCUGGUGUCCACAUCCAGACGGCUCGCAAGUUGUACAGACAGCCUGGGUAAGAGAUUGUGCACUGUCGCGUCGCGGUGGCGCGUGGCUGACUGUUGACAGGUUAUCAUCGCACUGUUGGAGGCGGGGUUCCCUCAGCGGGAGCCGAUCGAGCGCGCGAUCCGGCUUCUGAUGCACAGGCAGCAGGCGAACGGCGAAUGGUUGCAGGAAGGCAUCGAAGGCGUGUUCAACAAGAGUUGGUAAGACUCUCUCCUUUUGCUGGCACGCGGUCGUCUAUCAGCUCGCCAUCGCUGACGCAGGGCCACACAGCACGAUCUCCUAUCCCAACUACAAGUUCAUCUUCCCGAUCAAGGCGCUGGGCAUGUAUGGCCGACGAUUCGGCGAGGCGCAGGGCAACGGCGGCCUCUGA